AUGGAUGCCAGUGAGAUAUCCUAUGGUAUCCUACUUCUGCUACAGAUCAUUAUUGAGAUCUCGAGGAAUGUCUUCCUCCUCCUUGUUUAUGCUCGAGUGGUCUUCACCAGCCACAAGAUGUAUCCUUUAGACUUCAUCUUCUCCCAGCUGGCCUUGUCCAACAGCAUCACCCUUGUCAGUUUUGGAAUCCCAGAGACCAUGUCAGCUUGGGGGCUGAGAAACUUCCUGAAUGCCAUUGGAUGUAAAAUAGUCUUCUACGUCCACCGAGUGGGUAGGGGCCUUGUCAUCAGUACCACCUGCUUCCUUAGCAUCUUCCAGGCCAUCACCAUCAGCCCUGCCACUUCAUGGUGGGCAGGAGCCAAAGUCAGCUUACCGAAGUGCAUCCUUCCCUCCUACCUCUUCUCUUGGGUACUCAGUCUGCUGAUAGAUGUAACUACACUGCUGAACAUGGACAGACCUCUAAACUUCACAAAUAAUCAAAGGACAUUUAUUACCAAAUAUUGCUCCUCCGUGAAUGUCAGUGAAGUCACCACCCUGGUCAAUGCGGUGGUCCUCUCCCUGCGGGACCUGUUCUUUGGGGGACUCAUGAGUGCAGCCAGUGGCUACAUGGUGCUUCUCCUGCACAUGCAUCACCGGCAGGUCCAGCACCUCCACGGACCUGGUCGCUCCCUCGGAAUGAUGCCUGAGAUCAGGGCAGCCAAGAAUGUAGUCGCCCUAGUCACUCUUUACAUCCUCCUCUAUGGGCAAGAGACAGACACCCUGAGCAUUUUAAUCAAUGAGAGGAAAAAAUCCCCUCACCUGGUAAAUUAUUUCAAGAUGUUGGCCUCUACCUUCUCGGUUAUCAGUCCAUUUCUCAUCAUUCAUAAUAAACAGAGGAUGAGAAUGUUUGGGAGAAGGACAUCUCCCAUUUCCAACUUGCAUCCCUCACCAGCUCUUAAAGAAGUUGCAUGA